GACACAAAGCGGCAGCGGCCAUAGCUAUAGCUGUAUAAGGAAGAGGCUCUGUGCGACCUAGGACAGCAGGAACAUUAUUUGCUUGUGUAAUUCCACAGUGAUCAACCAGAACCCGUGGUGUACUAAAGUCACCUUUUUGCUGGAUGUAGCGUGAGGAUCUACUUGAAAACAUUACCCGCUGAAUGGUAUUAUCGUUAACGUUGUGAUUUCCUAAAUCAGCUGAUUAGCCGAGAAAAUCUGAGGACUUUGAAUAAUUCCGAUCUACUGCCAGCCUGUUUAUUUUGGACUAGGACAUCAGCUGUUGGCAACCGUCAGUGGCUUCUGUAUGAAUGAGAAGUGGACUGAAAGGGGCAGCGUUAGCUCCGGUUGGUACAGGCUGUGCUGCUGACCCCUGGGAGAGUUGAAUGAUAGAAGCGUGCAGGAGGACACACAGUCAGAAUGAGAAGCCGGAGUAACUCUGGGGUCCGGCUGGAUGGCUAUGCGCGGCUUGUUCAGCAAACUAUUUUGUGCCAUCAGAAUCCAGUCACUGGACUGCUCCCUGCUAGCAAAGAACAAAAAGAUGCCUGGGUUAGAGACAAUGUUUACAGUAUCCUGGCGGUGUGGGGCUUGGGAAUGGCAUAUCGUAAAAAUGCUGAUCGGGAUGAGGACAAGGCCAAGGCCUAUGAACUAGAACAGAAUGUUGUCAAGCUGAUGCGUGGGAUUUUGCACUGCAUGUUGAGACAGGUGGAUAAAGUUGAAAAGUUUAAACACACACAGAGUACAAAAGACUGUCUUCAUGCCAAGUACAACACAGCUACCUGCAGCACCAUUGUUGGCGACGAUCAGUGGGGACAUCUACAAGUUGACGCUACCUCUCUUUUUCUCCUUUGCUUGGCACAAAUGACAGCAGCAGGCCUGCGUAUUGUGUUUACACUGGAUGAAGUGGCUUUUAUACAGAAUCUUGUAUUUUAUAUUGAAGCAGCGUAUAAAGUUGCUGAUUAUGGAAUGUGGGAACGAGGAGACAAAACCAAUCAAGGGAUUGCUGAACUAAACGCCAGCUCUGUGGGCAUGGCAAAAGCGGCUUUGGAAGCCAUUGAUGAACUGGACCUCUUUGGAGCACACGGGGGACCAAAAUCUGUGAUUCAUGUCCUUCCCGAUGAUGUUGAACACUGUCAGUCAAUUCUUUACUCCAUGUUGCCACGAGCUUCCACUUCUAAAGAGAUUGAUGCUGGUCUCCUAUCUAUCAUUUCAUACCCAGCAUUUGCAGUUGAAGACAUAAAUCUAGUUAAUGUAACCAAAAAUGAAAUCCUCACAAAACUACAGGGGCGAUAUGGCUGCUGUCGAUUUCUCAGAGAUGGUUAUAAAACCCCCCGAGAGGAUCCAUCAAGGCUGCACUAUGAUUCAACAGAACUCAAACUGUUUGAGAAUAUAGAAUGUGAGUGGCCUAUAUUCUGGACAUACAUGGUAAUAGAUGGAGUUUUUACUGGCAAUCACACUCAGUUGCAGGAGUACAGAGAGGCCUUGGAAGGUGUAGUUAUCAGAGGAAAGAAUGGGAUUCACCUUGUGCCAGAACUCUAUGCUGUUCCACACGACAAGGUAGAAGAGGAAUAUCACAACCCCCACACAGUUGAUCGGAUCGCAUUGGGAAAGAUGCCGCUCUUAUGGGGACAGUCCUUAUACAUUUUGGGCUCCCUUUUAGCUGAGGGGUUUCUAGCACCAGGAGAAAUUGACCCUUUGAACAGAAGAUUCUCAACAGCAUUUAAACCUGACGUGGUAGUACAAGUUACAGUUCUGGCAGAAUCAAAAGAAAUCAAGAAAAUGUUGAAAAAACACGGUAUUGCUGUUGAGAGCAUUAGUGAUGUCCGUCCCAUCAGAGUGCAGCCUGCUAAAAUAUUGAGUCACCUCUAUGUUAAACUGGGAAUUAACAAGGCGAUGAAGCUAAGUGGACGUCCAUACAGACACAUUGGUGUCCUGGGAACAUCCAAAUUAUACAAGAUAAGGAAUCAGAUCUUUACUUUUACUCCUCAGUUUACAGAUCAUCACCACUUCUAUCUAGCCCUAGACAGCAGGAUGAUCGUGGAGAUGCUUAGGACAGAGCUGGCUUACAUGACCUCUUGUUUGAGAAUGACUGCAGACCUACACUUACCUUCCAUCACCUACUUCAUGCUAAGUAACGACGGCACUGAUAUAGACCCAGCAAUUCGUUCUACUAUUAGAAAAUUGGGAGAUGGGUAUCUCGGAGGAGCAAGGGUCAAAAUGGGAAAACUCUCAGACUUUCUUACUAUCUUCAUUCUACACACAUCUGAUCUUCCUGAUUCUGACAGUGAUGAACGGCUUUUUGAUGACCCCAUUGAUAUCUCUGCUAGUCAAGAACAUGAGUAUGAAUAUGAAUUUGCAGGAUAUCAAGAGGAUCUGUGUGAAACAGAGGAAAUUAAGGAUGAGCUUGAUCAGUACAUCAACCACUUGCAACAGAGCAUAUCAUCCACUGCACACUUACCUCCAACGUGUAGCAAUUCAUCUGCGCACCACGCGUUCAGCGCACUUCACUCCACGCGGGACAUCCUCUCCCUUAUGAACAAGUCAAAAGGCCUGGAAGUGUCAAAUGCUAGUCUGUUUUUACCAUCUAAAAAUUUAAGCGCUCACCGGCGGUCUUUAAACCUUUUGGAUGUACCACAUUUAAACCAACAUAAGAACUGUGAACCGGAAUUGAACCUUCCAAAGGAUGCACAUGGGAACAUUGAUUGCCACAAGUUAGUUGAAAAGCUAAAGGAAUGUCCAACUCUUCAGGACCAAGCAGAUAUACUGUAUAUAUUGUGUCUUAUAAAAGGGCUGGAGUGGGAUACUAAUAUCAAUGGACAGUCUGGGGUCUCCAUUCACAUUUUGUUAAGUGAACUCUACAGUAAAGCAGGACUCAAUCGAGAGUGGGGCUUGAUCCGUUACAUCUCUGGCUUACUAAAGAAGAGGGUUGAAGUCCUUGCAGAGGCUUGUACAGACAUCUUAUCACAUCAGAAGCAACUGACUGUGGGUCUUCCUCCUGAGCCUCGUGAAAAGACAAUUACAGCUCCUUUGCCCCCGGAAGAAUUGGCUGAGCUAAUCUAUGAAGCCAGUGGACAAGAUAUCAGCAUUGCAGUGCUCACACAGGAAAUAAUGCUGUAUCUGGCUAUGUAUGUCCGAUCUCAGCCAAGUCUGUUUGGAGAAAUGCUGCGGUUAAGGAUUGGACUUAUCAUGCAGGUGAUGGCCACAGAGCUAGCUAGAAGCUUAAACUGCUCAGGUGAGGAAGCCUCUGAAAGUUUGAUGAGCCUGAGUCCCUUUGAUAUGAAGAAUCUUCUUCAUCAUAUUUUGAGUGGGAAAGAGUUUGGUGUGGAACGAAGCAUGCGUCCAAUUGAGUCGUCUGCCACCAGCCCAGCAAUCUCUAUCCAUGAGAUGGGUCACUCAGGAGCUACCAAGACUGAAAGAACUGGCAUAAAUAGGAUAAAAAGCGAAAUGAAGCAAAUGGAUAGGAAAAUUAGCACUGAUGAUCAGUUCUAUUAUGGCCAGUCUGUAAGCAGCAGCGUCUUUUCAUCAAGGUCCACGCGUUGUAGUACCCCUUCCUCUCCCACUGGAACAAUGUCUCCUACGGGAUCUGGUGGACCCUUCAUCACAUUGGAUGAUCACCAAGGGCAGUGGCUUAGAAGACGACGACUUGAUGGAGCUAUCAAUCGUGUACCCAUGGGGUUCUACCAGAAAGUAUGGAACAUCUUACAGAAAUGUCAUGGAUUGUCAAUUGAUGGAUACGUUCUUCCUUCCUCAACCACCAGAGAGAUGACUGCUGGGGAGAUAAAGUUUGCUGUUCAUGUGGAAUCUGUUCUUAACCAUGUUCCACAACCUGAGUACAGACAGCUGCUAGUGGAAGCCAUUCAUGUGUUGACGCUUGUGACGGACAUGGAUGUAGAGAGCAUUGGGGGAAUUAUUCAUGUUGACCAGAUUGUUCACUUGGCCAGUGACCUAUUUCUUAAGGAUCAGAAAGCCCUAGGAGCAGCUGACUUCUACCUUGACCAAGACCAAGCAACAGGAAUUUGCAACUUUCUCUAUGAUAGUGCUCCAAGUGGGGCUUACGGGACCAUGACUUACCUGACUAAAGCGGUGGCAAGCUACUUACAUGACGUUUUACCCAGUUCAAGUUGUUUGAUGCAGUAAUAAGUUGGGAUGCAACGGACUGAUAAUUGCUCAUAUUUGUUGCUCUUUUUUCAGCAUUCUGGCUUAGCAUGGGCUACUCCAUUCUUUUAGAAAACAUCUAUUCAAUCGAGUGAUUGAAAGCAAGAUGUCUACAGUAAUUCACACAACCACUAUUAUGUUUUAUUUAUAGUUAGUUCACAGUUUACACAGCAUACUUGUAGUAGGAUUUUUAUUUCACUAUUUUGAGACACCAAUCAAAUUUUCAUUACAUAUUGGCAUAAUUGUAUCAAAAAUAUGAGACAUUUUGCUGAGAGGCACUUUUAAUACUUAGAGACAUUUUAGAAUAAAAAUAAAUGUAUUUUUUUCUUUUUUAUAUAAAUUCCUUGGAAUUAUUAUGUGUUUAACCCCUGCAAAGGUGUUAAAUACAUAGUCAAAUUUCCAGCUGAUAAGCCUAUCAGGACAAGGCAUAGAUAGAUAUUCUCCAAUCACUGGCCUUAUUCCUAUUUGGAGCAAAAUAAAGAUGUUACGGUAGUGUAACUUCAACAAUUUGUUUAAAAAUGGCCUGCUCUAACAAAUUAGAUAUUUUAUCCAAUAGAAUGUCCCUCUAAUAGAAUUUUUCUUGUGCAUCUUUUAAGUUCCUGCACUUAAUUCUGAAGAACUGUGAUAAUUUGGAAGUGGAAACAGGCCGCAGUUAGGGGCGAUAGUCCUGAACUAGAUUUUCUCAGGCUCUAGCUAACUACUUGCACACAAGUAAAUGAGAGAAGCAAAACAACAAGACAAUAAAGUUGUAUCUGGUAUGUAAAUUACAAGUCACUCGCAGUGUAAACAGAACCAAAUAAUGUUUUCCUGGGAAGUUUUAACAUUGUAUUGCAUUCAAAGAGCAGAGUGUUAGACAAACAGAAAAAACACAUUUUGCAGCAAAGCAUUUGAAUUACAUUUCAGGGUAACUAUAGUUUAUUUUCAUGCCUUUAUUUUAAUAAUAUUAGAUCAGUUACACCAAAGGGCAUUAAUUGUAUAUAUUACAGAUUUAUUUUAAUCUUCUUUUUUUUCUUUUUAAAGUCAAAGAUUAAGCAAGUUACAGGGUUGUUUGUAUAGGUACAUAUAUUGCAGUCCCUCAUAUUUAAGUAUGCACAUCUUAUCUGCUCAUGCACACCAGGUACUGAACUGGAAGAGCGCAUGCUUAGGUAAAGGGGAAAUACUUAUUGGUUUAUUUCAUUUUAAGUAAGCUACUGUAAUUUGUGGACAAAUGGAUUAAAGCCCACACAUUUUUCAAGAACCUAAAGGUACAAAUUCCACUACUGAAUAAAAGUGUAACUUAUUUGUUCUGUUUAAUUUAUGUGAAAUAAUCGUUACAGUUCAUGUAAAGAUUGCCGGUAGACCAUUUUCUGCUAUAUAUACACAGAUGUUUAUUCUUAUAUAAUUGUGUUAGAAGGUGAAUGGUCUUUUUGCAAUAUUUGAGUGGGUAGACAAACCUUUUUUAUGCACUGUGAUAUAUAAAACAUUAUGAUUGUAUAGCAAGUGCAACUAGUGAUUAUAGCCUAUACAUCAAGCCAUUUCAUAUUUUUAAAUUAAGAUGGUGAAUUAUUACAAUCAUGUUGCCUUUUUAAAACUGUAAAUUAUGCAUUUUUAUUAUAUUGUUUUAUAUUUGCAAUAAGAGCAACAUUGUUUUGCAGAAUGUAUCUGUUUUGUUUAGAUUAUUUCUGACUUUAAAGGAAAAGAAACAUACAUUUGUAGCUAUUUUGCAUUUAUUAAAAAAAGUUAUGUAUUAGA